GUAAAAGUGAAAGUAAAGCAGCUCCAUGAAGCAACCAGUUAGCCCGCUGCGGACUGCGCAGGAAACACACGGAUCGGUUUCUUGCACUCUGACCCUCCGAUAAAGGAAAAUGAAGGACGUGGCCGCAUGUGGAUUUUACAUCCUUCUCUUCGAUGUGGUUCUGUGCUCAGCUCUGUGGGCUGGACGGCUGCUGCUGCAGUGUUCCAGCUGUGGUGGACUGGCAGCUGCGUGGGCCUUCGGGGCGGUAAAGUGGGUCUGUCUCCAUGUUUUCACCUUAUUGCUGACUGAGGGAAAACCUCAGGCUGUGCUCCGCAGGUUGGUGGCGCUCCUCUGCCUUCUUUCUCCUGUGCUUGAAAGUGGACAGAUCCUUAAGAAACCUCCGUUGGAGCCUCAUUCAGGACCAUCUCCUGACCUCAACAUGCUGCUGUUGGUCCCAGUGUCCUCGUUGUUGGCCUGUGUCGUUUGGGAAAAGGGCCUGUCUGGGAGUGGAAAGAAGAAAGUGGACAAACUGAACACUGGGCAGUUGCUGAUGAGGACGCUGGAACUCUUCAGACCAGAGGCUCUUUAUCUGGUUGCAGCUUUCGGUUUCCUCAUCGUAGCAGUCAUCAGUGACACAUUUAUUCCCUUGUAUCAGGGGAAAGUAAUCGAUAUGUUGGGGGGUCAAGUGCUUCACAGCAGCUUCGGUUCUGCAAUCGGAUGGCUGGCGCUUGCUUCUCUUGGAAGCGUGGUGUUCUCUGGCUUGAGAGGAGGCACGUUCAUGUGGACUCUGGCCAGACUGAACAAGAGACUGAAGGGUUUGCUGUUUCAGAGCCUCCUGCAGCAGGAAAUACAGUUCUUUGGGGAGAACAACCCCGGAUCUCUUGCUUCCCGCCUGCACCAAGACGUGGACAGGAUGGGCCGAACUGUAGCGCUAAACGCUAACGCAGCAGUUCGCAGCACAGUCAAAGCCUGCCUCAUGUUGGUGGUGAUGUUGAGCCUGUCCUGGGAGCUCACUUUGCUUACCUGCAUAGAGAUGCCUCUUCUAGCUGUACUGCAAAACAAAUACAUCACCUUGAUGAAGGAGCUAAAAGAAAAGAUUCAGGACUGUCACGCUGAGAACCAGGACCUGGUUUCUCAGACCAUCAGCGGGAUUCGAACCGUCCGCAGGUUCAAGGCAGAGGAAGGUGAACUGAGGCGGUAUCAGGAAGCUGUGGGACGGAUGUGCAGCCUCAAGAGACGUUCAGGAAUCUACAGCAUAGUCUUUUGCUUCAUUCGGAGGCUGUUGACUCUGGGCAUUAAGAUACUGAUGCUGGUUCAGGCCCGAACUCUCAUCUCGUCUGGUCGCCUCAGCAUCGGCAGCCUCGUGUCCUUCUUGCUGUACCAGAAGCCCAUGACAAUGAAUUUAAGGGAGAUUUUGCAUUGUUACGAAGACACAGUGUCCACAGUUGGAGUCAUUUCCAAAGUGUUCGGAUAUCUCGACCGGACGCCGAAGUCUAAACAGGAGGGCGAGUUGGCUCCUGAGAAGCUGGAGGGAAGAGUUGUUUUCCAGAAUGUUACCUUCAGCUAUCCCUCGGCUCCAGAUAAACCAGUCUUGAAGUCGGUGUCAGUGGAGCUGCAGCCAGGGAAGAUGACGGCGCUGGUGGGUGUCUCCGGCAGCGGAAAGACGUCCUGCGUCAGCCUCCUGAAGAGGCUCUAUGAACCUCAAGAGGGACAGAUCCUGCUGGACGGAGAACCGCUGCACCAUUACAAACACAAGUACCUGCAUCGAAAGGUAGCCCUGGUUUCCCAGAAUCCUGUGCUGUUUUCUGGUUCCCUGAGAUACAACAUUGAAUAUGGCCUGAAGGACUGCACCGCUGAGAAGGUGAAAGAAACCGCAGAGAAGGUCAAAGCGCACGAUUUCAUCUCUGAAAUGGAGAACGAAUACGAUACAGAUGUCGGAGAGAGUGGAGGCAAACUGUCUGAGGGGCAGAAGCAGUGCAUCGCCGUCAUCAGAGCUCUGGUUCGAGAUCCACAGGUCAUCAUACUGGACGAGGCCACCAGCAAACUGGAUGUCAACGCGCAGUAUGAUGUUCUGCAGGAGGUUCUGGCUCGAGGCCGGACGGUUCUGGUUGUGGCUCAUCAGCUGAAGACUGUGGAGAAGGCAGACCACAUCAUCUUCAUGGAGAAGGGAGUGAUCGUGGAGGAGGGGACACACGACCAACUCAUGGCCAAAAGAGGACGAUACCAUCGUUUAAAGGAGGAACUUUUCUCUGAAAGCAGCUAAGAAAAGCUGUUUUAGUCUCUAUUUCAUAGUCGCAAUAUGUGUAAAAACUGGGUGGUUGAAAUGUGCCCAAAGUCAAAUCAUGUUGUUUACUUGUUUGUGUGGAAAGGAUUCUAUAGAUAAACAUCAUUAAGCUAACCAGAGAAUCGUGACUGUAGACUGACAGAAAUGAAACUGUAGAAGCUUUAUGGUGAGCUGAUGAAUUAUCAGUAUUGUUUUCAAGCCAUUGUUCUUUGCUGUGUUUUAAACCUCACACUAACUGAAAUAGUUUUUGUUUUGUACAGAAAAAAAAA